ACGCAGCUGGAAGUGGGACGAAUGAAGUUCAUUUUCCACAGCUGGUGAUGGCGGAUGUUGUUGAAACAGACACCAUGAAGAAUUACCACAUAGCGUUUGAGAAAAUUGACCCCGACACCAGUCGCUAUCCUUACUGUAUCGUUUGGACACCCAUCCCCGUCUUAUCAUGGCUGCUUCCAUUCAUUGGACACAUGGGAAUCUGCACUUCCACUGGUGUCAUCCGGGAUUUUGCUGGACCUUACUUUGUCUCAGAAGAUAACAUGGCUUUUGGGAGACCAACUAAGUACUGGAUGCUUGAUGUUAGCAAAGUGUAUGCUAGUGGCUCCAACGCCUGGGACACAGCAGUGCACGAUGCCUCAGAGGAGUACAAACAUAGGAUGCACAACCUGUGCUGUGACAACUGUCACUCACAUGUUGCCAUGGCUCUGAAUCUGAUGCGUUAUGAAAACAGCACCUCAUGGAACAUGGUCAACCUUUGCCUCCUCGCUCUCAUCCAUGGCAAACAUGUCAGCUGUGCAGGCUUCCUGAAGACCUGGCUGCCUUUCCUGAUGCUGAUGGGCAUCAUCCUCACAGUGGCCCUGACCCUUAACCUCCGGUGACCUGUGAAGGCGGGUUAAGGACAGCGGGAAUCCCCUCCAGGUCUGUUGUAGGUUUGACCUUGCCAACGACUAAGGAGGUAUCACUCUGUGUUCAGCGCAUUGUAGCAGAAACAAGGACUACUCACCCUCAAGAGAAGGAUGUUGAGGAGAAAGGCUGACAUCUUCCAAGUCUAUACCAACGUCUGCUUGGUUUCUAGGGAGCAGACGACAAUGGCGUCACUCUCGCAGUGAAGCUGGAAUACUUAAUGGAAGGGAAUUGAUUUCAGUUUUUUAUUUUUAGGAAUUUGUGAGAAGUGAGUUCAGUGGCGCUAAACUCCCCCUACCACCACAACCACCAGGACCACAUACGUACAUAUACACAUACACACAUAUGGAUUAUCAAUAAUGGGUCUCAUUCAUUAAAUGUGAGUGGAAUUAAUUUGUGCAUAAAAAAAACUGCAUAUUUGGGUUUUCAUCUUUAAGUAGCUCUCAUAUAUUCAUUUAUUUUGUUAUUUUUUGCAUCUGAAUGAAAUUUGGAAAAGAUACAGAGUAAGUGUGAAGAGUUUAGUAAAACCUACCAAUCCAAAACAGAGCCACAUCUCAUCAUCAUUUCCCUUCCUGGAGUGUUUUUCAUCAUGGAAAGGCAAUAUGGAUGCUCUCUCUGGUUUUUGCUUGGGAACACUUGAUUCUCAUUGCAACUGCAAUAUUCACUCUGGUUUCGGUUCAGAGAUGGUCAUUUUAUUUAAGCAUGUGUGCCUUCCUCUAAUUAUUAUUAUAAUUAUUAUUAUUUUUUUUUUUUUUUCGCUUCAGAAUUCCACACAAAUUGGUGUUGCUGCUGCAGGAAACCUAAAACACAUCACUUUUGUGUGAAAGAGUAGUCUUCCCAGGAAUGUCCUACCAUACAUGGGGUGUUUAGAAACCACAAAAAGAAAGCCCUCAUACAUUUCUACUGUUUAUCCAGUGACUGGGAGAAUUCAAAUGAACAUCAAUUUAUGAGGUGUGGUUUACUACCUCAGUUAAUUGGAUAUUAAAUAAUCUCCUUUGAACAGGCACCUACUUUUUUCACAUUACUGCAUUAUGUAAAGAGAUCGAUCUUAAAAAGAAGCGGACAGUUUGUUCUGCUGAGCUCCUCAGCUGGUGAAUAGUUUCAGUGCUGGCCGUGAUGUCACUGUCCCCAUCUGGGUUGGUGCCAGAGACAGACACAUCCAUGGCACCGAUACGCUCAUUGGUUUGGCAGAGCGCAGCAGCAGUUCUCUGGCCUCCCCUUGUGGCUUUGAUGUUCCUUUGGUUGGUUGUGAGUCACCUUUAAGUGAAUAGUUUAUAAUCAAACCUGUUUUGCCCAGUUUUUCAUCUGCUCUGUAAUUUUCUUUGUAAUUUCUUUUGCAUAUUUCAUAUUUUUUGUCAGGCUGUGUUCCCACUGCCUCUGCUGCAAAAUAAUAAGCUGUUUUUUGUUUGUUCGUUUGUUUGUUUGUUUUCCAAUGACAAUAAGUAUUACCUCAGUUUCUGUAUUGCUGAAGUUCCUCUUUUUCACAUUCUUCAGUGUCAUUUUAGUGUAGAGGAUUUUGAAUGUCCUUUGCCUAAUAUGGAGUUGUGAAGUGGUGCCAUUAUAUUAAUUCAUGAUCAUUAAUGCUCCAUGAGCACACAUCCCAUGUAUGAGUGAUUGGGAUUCAUCAACAUAUACAUGUGAAUACAGAAUACAGGUGCUUCCAGAUGUUUGAUGAAUCUGACUUUUUGGACUUUUUUUUCAAUAAUGUGCAAAAAAACUUAAGCAUUUCAUGAGUGAGACCCAUUAAAAAGCCUGACGGGGGUUUUAAGCCAUUGGUACCUAGAAAGCAAAUGACAAGCAAGCAACAGGAAUUUUUCACAAGGCAAAUUCUUGAAUUCAUUGGAGGGGAAACAUCCAUGCCUUUCUUUCAUAUUUUUAUUAUCAUACUUUGUAACGGAUAGGGAUUAUAAUCCCUUGAUUCAGUGCUUCCUGAAUGUCAUUUUUAUAUUGGGGAGCAGAAACAUGUUAAAUCAAUUAUAUGCCUUUCUAGGAAUUUAUUGCAUUUCAUGCUUGAUUUGAUACAGCUCUUAUACUUCAAUUUAACUCUUAAGAUGCCAGAGUAGUUUGUAUUUUUGUGCAUUUUCUUACAGCAUUAGAUUAUAUCCAAUAGAACUCCAUAGGGUAACAGAAAAACUGCAUCUUCUAAAAAUAUAUAUUUUUCUCUGAAAUGUUUGCAUUGUGUAUUUUGAGAUGUAUCACCUCAUAGUACUACUUUAAUAGGUUUAUGGAAAAUUAUUUCAUAUCAUUAACUUUGGUUAUUAGUGCAAUGAUUGUAGCAACUUUAGUGAAUGUGGCUGUGGAGAACACCCACAGAAACCAACAGAAUUUUGGGGAAUCCUUUUGGUUUUCUAUAUUGUGCCAAAUAUAGGAAGAUUGGAGACCAAGUCAAACUGUGUCCUUGAAGGCAUACGUUGCUCUUUUGUGAAACAGCUCGUUGAUUUCAUUUUGAGCUAGAAAGUCCCUGAAUGAAUAGCCCUUUGACCUCAUUUGAAACAGUGAAAUCCUGGUCUGUAUUUUGACACAUUUUUCAACCAGAGACCAGUUUUGUUGUUGACCAUUUCCGCUUUUGCCUCUUACAUUGAGAAAAAAAAAAGUCGGUGCCUAAAAAAAAUGACCUCUUUCUUACAUCUUGUAUAUACUCUUUAAGGCUAACUUUGUAAUCAGCAUUUAUGUAUCAACACUAUCUAUAUUGUUUUGUUUUUUUAUGUUAUCAAACGUUAAUCCUAGAUGAUGGUUGGCAGUCAAAAUCUGUUGCCAUGGCGUUAGUGAGUAGAAUCAAAUCCCUUCAUUGUUUGCAGUGAGACAGAAAAA